UGACUGCCGUAUCAAUAUUUACAUUCCAAUGAAAAACUAUACGUACUUCUUCGUCCUCAUGUACCGUAUUCAGUUACCUGCGUUCUGUAAGGAGAAACGGACACAAUGGCAAAAAUUAUUGUAACAAAAGAACACGUUUGGCAAUAUUAAGAAAAAGUGUCGGAUCACGAAGCAAAAUGCAGGACUUUCCUUAGGCGGCAGAUUGAUAUUACUUGCUUCGGUAUUGUCAGACGCAUCAUUGGAAUUACCGGGAAAAUACAGUUUGCAAUCAAUUGCCGGCAUGCAAAUAGACGAUAACGGUCUACCGCAAUAUCAUUACGACUGGUACCUUCAACUUUCCGGGUUAGCGCUUAUGCUCGCGUGAUGGUCAUGGUUCCAGGCGCUGAGAGGGAGCUGAAGGAACAGAGAGGGCUCAGCUCGGAGUACCUCGUGAGGGCGCCUCAGAAAUCGCCGGGACCAUCACAGGCUCGACCUUUCGGUCAGCCAACGAAACCGCCUCAAAAAUUGGCCGAAGAAAGAACUUCGUUGCUCUGCAAGUCGGCACCUGAUAUCUGCGCGUCGAAUCCACAGGCCAUCAGUUACGUCGAUAAGACAGACCUAUCUCACGUCUUGCCGGCUUAUCCCGAUAACAAAAACAACGACCCGCGAUGCAACUUCGAGAAAUCCGAGGGUAGCGUCAUAGAUUCUCGCCUGAGCGGAUUCACCGAUAAGGAAGGCUUUAUCGAUUCCCGGAUUCUGUCCGAUUCCCGACAGAAUAUAAUUAGUUUCACGGAUAACAAGGAACCCGCCCAGGAGCAGCGGUAUGCCGAAUUUUCCACGAGAAGCGCUGACCAGAACGUCGUAGAUUCCCGAUUGAGCGGUUUUGCCGACAACGAGGGUCUUCUGGACUCCAGACUUAGUAGUUACGUCGACAAGAGUGAAUUUUUGCUGGACACGCCGUUCGGUUACGACACUAGAUUCGAUACUGUAGCCGGCCAGACCGUUCCUAUUACGCUGAAGAACCAGAACACGUCAGUGUCGGGUAUUCAGUCGCAGUAUAUAUAUCAGAACUUCGGAACAAUACACUCGGGCAUCCUUCGAGUGUCGGAACCGGGUAUCAGCUCCAGUUCCAAUUCCAGUCAGCGCAGCAUGACUCUGCAGAAUCCGGAACGCAUGUCGCAGAUCGCUCAGAACGCCUUCAGCACGAUGGAAUGCGAGAAAAAGGAGCGAACGUCUGGACUGGCUGGCAAGGCGAGCUUUUACACUGGAAGUGCUGUAUGACCAUCACUUCCACCUCCGAUAUCGAGGUAAUUCCAAGAAGACGUGACUCCAUUAGGAAUUAGUUACCCGAAAUAGUUGCGACUUACACGACGGCAAUUCGAAGGAUAUCGAUUAUUGAUUACUCAUGAAGAUAGAGAAAGAAAAAAGAUUUUUUACAAACUGAAUACGUAACUCUAGCAAUUAUUAGUUAUAUAAUCGAAGUGUGUAAGAGAAAAAUACGUCUAAUUAUUGACGUCAAAUAUUUCUGUAGUAUAAAUUUGAAGGAAUAUAAAAGAAUACUGCAAUACUGUUGAUUAAACUCGAGAUAAUUUAAUUCCAGAUAAAGAAUUGCAAAUUCGUGCAAAAAUGCAAAUGUAAUUUUCUGCAAUCUGUCAAUAAUAUUAUGAGUAAUAUAUCAUAUUUGCGAACGGAGAGAUAAUCGCAAAUGCAAUGUAAAUCACUUCUAUUUUAGACAUUGAAAGAGUAAGGUAAUGUUUGUCAUUCGUUGUUAAUACUUAACUUUAACCGAUACUUACGUAAUCGCAUUUCAACUGAAUAAUCAAUCAAAGAAAAAAGUUAUAUAGUGGAAUAUUAAUAUAAUCAAUACAUUCUAAUAUAUUUGGGGGUUGAAAUAGUCAAGGUACUCAUCUGGACGCAAUUCGCUAUUUUCGUUUAACAAUAAGAAACUACGAAAAUAUAUUGGUCUCAGCGAACGGAUCAUCCGUUGAAAUAAAACGAGCGAUAAUUGAAUAUUUGCCUAAUUUCUUUCAACAAUGUAUGCACUCUAAUUAUACCAUUAAUCGAAAACAUAUCAAAGUAAAUUUUUAAUACAGUCGUUCGCUCAACAAUGUUUUCCGAAAUUCGCAUAUUUUAUAUACUUUGAAGCGUAAAUAUUUAAUUUUUUUGCAAAAAUUGUCGCUUUUAUCUUAUUUAUUUACAAUUUGAAGUAACGAUAUUACGCAUUGGAACAUUACUUUGAAAAUGUUGAAAAUGUGAGUUUACAAAAAUUGCUGAAAGAAGCCAUACUAUAGAAAUAAUUUAUUUAUAUCGGAAAAGCGUUUUUUUGUUUAUAAUUUUACUAAUUGAAAACUCUUCCUUUUAAUUCGAUCUUUUUCUUUAUUUUUGUAAUUUAUGUAGAAUAAUAAUUGAAAUGGAUAGAAGAUAAUUUAUGCGCUCACGCGAAUAUACAUACGUACAUGAAAAUAUUGUAACAAUCGUAAUUGAGUGUAAUAAAACAUUUCUUUUUUAAUAA